AUGUCACACCAAGAAAUUGAUCAGACAUUGGAAGUUCUGACUGGCGCAAACAAACGUCAUCCCACCAACAACAAUCUCCGAAACGGCUACUAUAAUCCCUACCUCCUCCAAGAAAAAUGCAAUUUCAAUAACCAAAAGGAUGAUGACAUAACUGUGCAUCAGUUACAGGGGCUAGGAACCACCGCUAUAGUAGUGACGAGAAGUUAUGGGAUGAUUAAUGGGGGAAAUGGAUUCUCAAAACUGCUAGGAUUCUCGAACACAUACAGAGACAAAGGGCCACCUACAGAUCCGUUGGUUCAAUAUGGCACUGUGUUCUCCCGAAAGUCCGGGAGGGAGGGAUAUUUUGUUGUUAUUGAUCCAAGAACAACAAGAUGUACCUGUUGUCAGCGAAUUUGGAAUGGGACAGAUGUCACGGACGAGGUGGAGAGAGCGCCAAGCGUCAUACGGUUUGAGCUUGCUAAACUUGUGGUCUUCGAUGUAAAACCUAAUGUGGAGAAGUGGCCAUUUCUGCCUGAGUCAGUCAAAGAAGUUUUCGAAGAGGCUGCAGAAGAGGCGAGCGGCACAAGCGGGUUUAUCCACCCACUUACGCAGUCCUAA